AUGGUGAAUUUGGACUCGAUAACGGUUGUGGGGCUUCUGAUUGUGGCUGUUUUUGGAGUUGAAGCUUUCACAGAAAAUUCUCUUUGGAGCGAAUCGAAAGAGGCCCCAGACACAUAUGGGCAUAUGUUUGACUCGGAAGAGAGUGUACCAGCAUACAGAGACAAUACACGUGUCACACAACUGGUUGAAUCACCAGAAGAGGCCUUUCGAAUGAUAGAGGCAAUGAAGGCAAGGACACGAAGAAGGAUGUCAUCAUUUUCUGCUAUGAGAGGGAAAAAAGAUAACUCUGAAUUACAGAAAAAGCAUGGCAUGGAUAAAGCACUUCGGGGAAAGCGAACGAUACAAGACGAAAGUGACAGUGGUUCUUAUGACCUUCAAAAGAGAGCAGCUUAUUUCAAGGCGAUGAUGUCAUCGCCACGUGGGAAAAGAAUGGUGCCUCCUUAUUCUAGCCCUGUCUCGGAAUUCGAAUAUCAGCUACUGCUUCAGAAGGUGCUUGAGGCUGCGAUGUCACUGUCCGGAAACAGGAAUGAGGAUGAACAGAAUUUGAUGGACAAGAGGAACUAUGGAUUCCAUGCUCUCCGCGGACGUUAA